AUGGGCGCCAACUAUAUGGAGCUACAGCCAGGCGCGCAAGUCCCCCCUCAAAUGCUGGCCAGCCGUCACACAAAGGGCUACUCGAAGCGCAAGAAGACAAAAGCCUUUGCUCUCCUGCGCCGUCGGACGUGGACGCUCCCCUUGUUCCUCACGAUUGCGAUCCUCUCCCUCUACGCCGUCAACCCGACCGACUCCAACCCGACGCGCCACUUCAUAUUCCCGUCCUACCAGCUCGACAAUGGCGGCGCCGAGACGACACAAUACGGCAAGGGGCCCUGGGAUAUCGCCUUUGUCGCCUUCUACACAGUCUUUUUGACCUUCACCCGCGAGGUCUGCAUGCAAGAGAUGCUCGCGCCGCUCGCUCGCGCAUGGGGCAUCAAGUCACGCGCCAAGCGCGCGCGCUUCGCCGAGAACAUGUACACGGCACUCUACGUGACUGCCAUUGGGCCCUGGGGCCUGCACGUCAUGAGCCGCACCCCCGUGUGGUACUUUGACACCCACGGCAUGUACGCGGGCUUCCCGCACCGCACGCACGACGCCAGCUUCAAGUGCUACUAUCUCCUGCAGGCGGCGUUCUGGGCGCAGCAGGUGGUCGUCAUGGUCCUCGGGUUGGAGCAGCGGCGCAAGGACUUCCACGAGCUUGUUGCGCACCACGUCGUCACAGUUGCGCUUGUCGCGCUGAGUUACCGUUUCCACUUUGCGUAUAUGGGUAUCGCCGUGUACAUCACGCACGACAUUAGCGAUUUCUUUCUCGCUGUGUCAAAGUCGCUGAAUUAUCUCGACAAUAAGCUUCAGGGGGUGUCCUUUGGGGUGUGUAUCGCCGUGUGGAUUUACCUCCGGCACUACACCAACUUGCGAAUUCUCUACUCGGCGCUGCCUGGCUCUGAAUUUAGUACCAUUGGGCCAUAUGAGCUCAAUUGGGAAACGGAGCAGUAUAAGUGCCCCUUGUCGAACUUCAUCACCUUUGGGCUGUUGGCUGCGCUGCAAGCGCUCAAUCUGUUUUGGCUGUAUUGCUUGCUGCGCAGCGCCUACAAGUUUGUCUUCUUGGGAGUUGCAAAGGAUGACAGAUCGGAAGAUGAAGAGGCUUCGACGCAUCGGCCGUCUCUUCAACAAAAGAAUGCCGCACUUGUAGACAUAUCAGCCAAGGAGCUCGAGGGAUCCAAAAAGGGUCACCCAUCUCGUGUUACUGGAACUGAAACUGUGUCCAUGCAAGCGGCCGUACAGGAAAGGAAACCCAGAAAGGCCUUGUGA